AUGGCGUCCCGUGCCCUUCGCAUCCCGCUUCUUUUGUUUCUGGCACAAGGCCAAAAUGAUGAUGUUCUUAUGGAUGGGACUCUUCCGGCCUGCCAUUUGCUGCAGACCAAAAUCCAUUUGCAGAGCAACAAAAUCACCAAAGAGAAAGAAACCCAAAGAACCAAUGAGCCGAACUUCAGCGUGGAUUUCCCCUUCUUUGAGCCGAAUGUCACGCCCAACGUGACCCUUGGUAUUUGUUUACCAAACGUCACUAGCCAGGAAGCUGCGCAACCCAUCGCCGACGUGGUCGCUCACUAUGGCGGAGAUGGCUAUUGCACCUUCGGCUUCGCAGGCUACUGGGCCAGCGGAUGUGCCAUUACCCGCCGAGAACAAAGUGCCCUUUACUAUGCAACGCAGUUCAAUGCCUACUACACCGCCGUGUUGACUCCGACGUGGGCAACACCCUUUACGUUGCAACUCUUUGAUGGGCGGACUGUGGCCAUCCGUAAUCGCAACUAUCCACUCGAUGACUUGUAUUGCUAUGUCAAUGGAUGGUACUCUUUCAAGAACCGAGCUCAAGUGGUGAACAACUUCACGUACUUGGAAGAGAUUUCGGACACUUGGUGCACGCAUCUGGCGAACAUCGUGCCAGGAUUUAGCAGUAUUUCUUUGAAAGACUUUGCCAAAGAGUCGAAUGGUGAUGAAGAGUUUCUGGAAAAUCUCAUGAAGCAUGGCGCCAGCUCGGGGCAUGUGCCCAAAUCCGUGGUGGAUGGCAUGUACCUGCACGCGGCCGUGAAAUGCCUACUGCGUGGACCGAAGGGCGGCGCGGUGUGUGAUAUUGCAGAUUGCGCCGCCCAAGGCUGCUUUGCAGAGUCAAGCAAUGAACUUCUCUACACCGUGAGGGGCGAAUGUGAAAGUGCGAAUUACAUCAAAGAUCCUCUGAACUGGGCCGAUUUGCUUGCUGCAUGUGCGCUGCCCUUCCGCUUCGUUGCGCUUGUCACCACGUCGGAGGUUUGGACGUGGGAAAGGACGUGGGGCUGCGGCGUGUCGGAAGAUUUGGCCACUGGCUCCGGAAAGUGCUGUGUUGAUAGUGGCGAUCCCCAACUAGAGAUGAACAUGGAGGGCCUGGAGAUGGGGCUUUGCCUCAUUUUGCCGCUGGUUCGCUUUCUGAAGCUCUUGCGCUACUUUGAAGUUUUUCGUCUCCUCAUUGUGGCUUUCCAAAACUCCAUAGAGGCGCUUCCUGUCCUUAGUUACUUCAUGGCAGUCCUGGUACUGUUCAGCGCCACAGGGAUUUACAUGGCGGAGGGAAACAACAUUCCAAGCAUCCAGCAUUCCAUUUGGUUGGCAGUGGUUACUAUGACCACUGUGGGUUUUGGGGAUUAUGUGCCACGCAGCACUGGAGGCUACAUCAUUGUCUCGGUGCUCACUUUAGUGAGCGUUUGGUUCCUGGCUCUGCCUGUGGGAAUCAUUGGCCAUGAAUUUACUUGCAGCUGGAAGGCAAGGAACCACGUGCUCUUGAUCACUCGAACCAAAAAUUGCUUGGAGAAGUGGGGUUACAAUUCCAAUAGCCUUAGCAUGCUCUUCCAGUACGUGGACAGCAACGGUGAUGGCAGUUUGAACAUGCCGGAGUUCUUGGAACUCAUGAGACAGAUGCGAAUAGGCAUUGAUGCCAAGAUGGCCAUGGAACUUUUCCAAGAGUUCGAUGACGACGGUUCCGGCUGGAUUGAGUAUGACGAGUUUCUACACCACAUUUAUCCAGAAGACUUCGUCCGAUCGCAAUUUACCAGCGAAAACCAUCGGCGGCUUAUUCGAAAAUUCAGGGUGUGUCCUUAG